AUGGCUGAUCUGACGUCUGGAUCGGGGCUGAAGUCAGCGGCCCUGCUGGAGCAGAUGAGGUUGCACAUGGAAACCGACGCGGGGAAGGAGCUCACGAAGAAGGUCGGCCUCGUGUACCAGCUCAAUAUCUCCCCCAAGGUUGGAGCAACGGGUUUCCCCGUGGUUUAUCUCUCUUUUUUUGGCCGUCUAGAUGUUUAUCUCUCUUUCGAUGCUGAUCGCCCUCGACUCCCCUUCUUAAUAUCCUCUGUUCGCAUCGUCAGAAAAUCGGACAGAACGAGGAGAUCUACGUUGUCGACCUCAAGAAGGGGGAGGUCACCAAGGGUCUGUUGCUUGCCAACCCUCUUUUGUGUUUCGAGUAACGCAGCUCUCCACUCAUACGAUCUUAACUUUGAUGUGAUUUUCGUUCUCUUCUUUGUUCGAUGCCAUUGCUCGCGGGAUGUGGGGAUAAUUUCACAGGGCCAUAUGAAGGGAGGCCUGAUGUAACAUUCUCCUUCGUCGACUCUGAUUUCCUUGCGGUGGGUACUGGGAAACUGAACCCUCAGAUGGCUUUCCUUAGGUAGGUUCCGGCCGAAUCUCAAUUUCUCUGCCGUCUUUGGUGAUCCGUUCGCUCAUUUCUUAUUAGUAUUUACCAGUAACCUUGUUUCAGGGGUGCGAUGAAGAUCAAGGGCAGCAUCACUGCUGCGCAGAAGUUCACCCCAGAUAUCUUCCCAAAGCCGUCAAAGCUUUGA